AUGAAGUUCACUGGAUUCACCAUUUCUCUCGCCCUUGCUGGCCUGUCUUAUGGCGGUGCCAUCCCCAUCGCCGGAGGCGCUCUCAGUGGUGUCGAGGGUACUCUGGGCGGUACUGAGGGCGCCGCUGCCAACCUCAUUGCUCCUGUCGCCUCCACUGCUGGCGGCCUGACCGGCGGUCUGAAGCGUGACCUUGGUGAAGCUGCUGGUGAGACUGUCGAGGCUGUCCCUAGUGUUCUCAACGGUGCCACUGGGAUUGCCGGCAGUGCUGUUGGAACCGUUGAGAGCACCGGCUCGGGCAUUGUUUACACGGCGGAGAACGCUGCCAGUAGCACCAUUCCUGGAAAGCGUGAAUUCACCGAUGCCGCUGGACAGACCCUCGAGGCUGUCCCUAGUGUUGCUAAUGGUGCUACCGACAUUGCCGGCAGCGCUGUUGGAACUGUUGAGAGCAUCGUCUCUAGCGGUGCUAACACGGUGGAGAAGGACGUUUCGGGCGUCGGCGCCGGCAAGCGUGAUGUUGAUGGGAUUGUUGGCACCCUCGCUGGUACCAUUGGUAGCUCUGCUGGCAACACCGUCGGCAGCACCGUGGGAAGCACGGUUGGAAGCACUGUCCCUGCUACUGUUGGUCAGGCAACUGCUGGUCUCGGUGGUCUGGCUAAGCGUGGGAACUGCCUCGCCAACGGCGUUGACUCAACUGUUUUGAGCUCUCUCUACCGCAUCACUGACCAUCCCAUUCCCCUCAUCGGUUCUCUCGUUGAUCUCAAGCACGCCGCCGACAUUGGUGAGAUCACCAACGGCCAGCUUACCGAGCUUCCUGCUCUCCAGGCGCUGCUUUCUUUCAUCCACCUCUAA